AUGCAUUUGAAACCUGUGGUUGGGCAGAAGUUCAAAUCACUAGAUUUUGAUUUUGCUUUCUACUAUGUGUGUGCCCGUGCUGUUGGUUUUGAUACGCGCAAAUCUCAAAUGAGGAAAAUAGACGGUGUUAUUACUUGGUAUAAUGUUGUAUGCAAUAGUGAAGACAGCAAGAAGUCGAGCGAAGAUGACCAAGCGAAUGCACGGCCUGGUUUUUCGAUAAAACGCCGACGGUUAUCCAAGCGGUGUGGUUGUAAAGCGAGUAUAUCAUUCAAAUUCUUCUCCGAAGGAGGAGUUUCAGGUUAUACUAUCGAGGAGUUCAAUGAGGCUAAUAUAGGCCCCACACUUACGUUCAAUGUGUUGAAGGAAAUUCUCGGUGGUUUUCAGCUUGUUGGUUGCAAUGUUGGGGAUAUCAGGAAUGCUUCUCGAGACAUCAAAGCAUACGCACAUGGUAUUGACGUACAAAUGGUUUUGAAUGAUAUGGCUAAGAAGAAGGAGAUGUCCGAGGCAUUCACAUAUGAGUACGAGGUUAAUGCUAGUAACCAGCUGGUUGCUCUGCUUUGGUGUGAUAGUUUGAUGAAGAGGAAUUACCAUAUGUUCGGUGAUAUUGUGGCUUUUAACACCACCUAUAACACCAAUAGGUAUUAUAUGAUCUUCGCGCCAUUCACGGGAAAGGACAACUAUGGAAGACCAGUAACUUUCGCUGCUGGUUUGGUAAGCAACGAGAAAACAGAAGCUUUUGCAUGGUUAUUCAAACAUUUUGUUCAAUGUAUGGGGGUUGCUCCGAAGAUGAUCGUCACAGAUCAAUAUUUGGGCAUGAGAUCGGCUAUUGAAGAGAUUCUUGUCGGGACUCGCCACAGAUGGUUACUGAGAGACGAAGAUUUCAAGAAAGAGUUCAAUGUCUGUGUCUGGUCGGACCUGCUUGAACCCGACGAGUUCGAAGAAGAGUGGAAUGGAUCAUUUAAGCAUUAUGGCCUGGAAGAACAUAGUUGGUUCAAGACGUUGCACGAGUAUAGGCAACUAUAG